AUGGUGGAUGCUGGUAAUGAUGGCUCUGAGAGGAGUGGUACACGAUCGAUCCGGGCUCAAGCCUUACCGAAGAAAGUCACCUCACUGUCAACGGCCAAGCGGCUCCCCUGGCUGGACAACAGACCACCAAGAGCAGCUCCUUCGGUGCCUCUAGAUGGCCAGACAAGCGAACUGGAUUCUCUCUCUCCUAGUGCACGUCCAACUAGUCGCAAAUCCUCUAUUGCAGUGGUUCCAAAGCGCGUCACGACUGUUACUUCAACUGUCAAACGAAAGCCUGCAGUUUUUAUCAAAGAUGUUCCUAAGCCAUCCGCAGUUGAUAGCAGCCCUUCACCGGCCACACGCCAUAAGACGUCACACAUCCGGCUUUCUUCGACUGCACCUAAAACCCCAUCCCUUCCGGGUACGAUCCGUCGUACAUCCAAAUCAAUGCAGUCCCCCCAAAAGAGACGCUUAUUAACGCGACAUAAUGACAGUGAGCAGGUAAAUAAUUCACUACAGGCAGGAAGUCUUGUGUCUGUUGUAGACCAUCUUGAGGAAUCUGAUACAACGGACGUGUUUGAGUCCCCGUCAGAACAUGUCAUUACGAUCACUCCGGCUACUCCAACAGUCUCACACGUUCAGAUGUCACCUACACAACCAGCACCAGGACGAACUACGUUUGAGCGUAUCCGUGACCGACGGAUCAGCAACGCUGUGGAGGACUUGGAAGACAUGGUACAAGAGGCUGUGGAAAUCGCAGAUGAAACUGCAGAUCAUGGUCAAGUAGAGGAAAUAUACGACAUCAUUAAGGAGGCAAAGAACGCCGUACAAGACGCGUCUGGCGACCGCACUAGGCUGCUUACAAACAAUGCUCCAUCAUUGACAUUGUCCCGAUCUUCUACCGUUGCAGAAGGAUACUCAGAGAGCUUUUCAGGGCACUCUCAUGAUCCUCGGAGACCUGCUGAUCCCAGGAGACCACCACCUCCCGUGCCACUUGUCGAAGAUUCUCCAUCUUCGCCACCUCAUUCCAGUCAGCAAAAGAAUACAGCAUCACGAGAUUGGGCGUAUUCGAAAACACUGGUUCUUGAUGACGUAUCACCGGCUGCGUCCCUAUCCUCGAGUGAUGAUAUUGAUGAUCAACACCACUUGACCUAUACUACGGCAAGCAACCUACUGAUACCGCCGCCUACCGCCCAAACAACAGCACGAAAUCAUACGGAUAUUGUCCUGCGACCAAGAGCCCGAGACAAUUCCCAAUCCCCUUCCCACCCCCAAUCUCGCGGCCGUUCCCGUCGACGAGUCACAGACGACUCUACUCGUCGCCCCCGUCAACGCCAUCAUCGGAGCAGCUACGAAAGCGAUCAAUCACCAUCGCGCUCAAGAAAUAGAAAGCUGCGAAUCUCAGACUCCAGUCAAAGCAAAAGCUCCUUCGACGAGGAAGACGAGCCGGUACAACACUCCAAGAGUGAACUCACAGUCCACGACUCAGCACAUCGCCAUACAUUCAGUCUCCGCCGCCAGCAUCGACGACAGCCCAUUGCGCGAAACUGGUCGACAGGCAAGAAACGCAUCACCGCAACAAUCGCAUGUAUCAACACCGCCCUCCUCGGCAUCAUCAUCGGCGUCUAUGCCGGCGAAGUCCCUCGAAUACAAUACUAUCUCGCAGAUGAACGCCACAUCUCUAUUGUAGGCAACAUUGUUCUCUACUUUGGCCUCGCAAUCUCUACACUCAUCGCCUGGCCGCUACCGCUUCUCCACGGCCGAAAACCUUAUAUGCUCGCCGCCCUCGCAAUUGCCCUUCCCCUACAGUUUCCACAGGCCAUUGUCGUCAGCGCUCGUCGCUCACCUACCCGUCCCAUCUUCCGCAUCGGCCUACUCUGUGCCCGCGCAGCGUCCGGCCUUGUCCUCGGCUUCGCAAAUGUAAACUACAUCACCGUGCUCCUCGACCUGUUCGGCGCAUCCCUGCAGAGCAAGAACCCGCACCAAGAAUACGUCGUGGCCAACGAUGUGCGCAGACACGGUGGCGGAAUGGGCAUGUGGCUCGGUAUCUGGUCGUGGUGCUGGAUCGGUUCUCUAGCCGUGGGCUUCCAGAUCGGGGCCGCGAUCAUCGAGGACUUGAGCCCGGACUGGGGCUUCUACGUUGUCGUGAUUAUCCUGGCUGCGGCGCUGGUGCUGAAUAUCAUGGCGCCGGAGACGCGGCGGGCUCCGCAUCGCAAAGCAGUGACGGAGGUGUACGACCGCGAUGAGAAUUACAUCACGCGCCGUGUUGAGCGGGGAGAAGUCAAGUUGCACAUUUCUACCCAGGGCCCAGCGUACUGGUUUGAAGAAGUCGGGGCCGGCAUCAGACUCAUGGGCCUCAUGUGCAGUCAACCCGGCUUCCUAAUCCUCGCCUUCUAUCUCGCAUGGAUAUACGCGCAAAUCGUGCUCGUCAUCAUCCUGCUCGGUGCCUUGCUCUCGCGAAACUACAAGUGGCAGCCUCGCUUUGUCGGACUGGGCGUCCUGUCGAUUGCCCUGGGCGCCUUGCUGGCCAUUCCCCUCACAAAAGCCGGCAUCUUCUCGCGCGACCGCAAAAAAGCAUUUCGCACAGACAGCAUGACCUUUCAGCGCCAGGUCUCGUGGUCCUCGCACCUCGUCCGCCGCACGCUCUUCACCACCGCGCUCCCACUCAUGGGUCUCGCGUACACUGUGUCUUCGACCGGUGCGCCGCGCCCCGUCGCCGUGCCCAUUGCCUUUGCAGGCGCCGUCGGGUUCCUCAGCGUGCUCGCGAUUGCGGAGUGUAACGGGUUGAUCAUGGAGACGUUUGACACGUGUGAUUUACAACCGGGAGUCAAUACGCGACAUCGGUUUCAAUCCAUGGCGGUGCAGGACAAGCGGCGACGAACGAAUUACUCGUCCUUUCCCCGCGUGACCGCCGGCAUCUUCGUGUCGCAGAUACUCGCCUUCAUCGGCGCCGCCGUUGCUACGGCAGUCGGAGGUUCCAUGACCAGGAGAUUGGGCGCCCAGGCGUCGACGGGUGUCACGGCGGGUAUCCUCUUCGGUCUCACGCUGUUGCUCACCCUCGUACUCCUACGCUUUCGCCAGAUCCAAGUCAUUCCCAACCACACGUUUGGCACGCGGCGGGACACGGCGGCGUGGCAGGCGUUCAAGGAUUUGGAAAAGGUGGGGCGGAAGGACGAUUGGAAGGCUGUGGUGAUUGGGAAUCCGAGUGGCAAGAUGAGGAGGAUGAAUGUGUUGGAGUUGGGCGGGUUGAGUAGGUGGACGGAGAUUCGCAAGUUGAACUUCUUGAUCAAGGGGGAGAGGUUGGGCGAGGAGAAGAAGAGGAAGAGGAGCCGGUUGAUGGAUGGGGAUAGUUGGUAG